GGAUCCGGGAUGCGGACAGAUGUCGCUGGACGAUGAGAGAAAGUGGAGUCCGACGCACUGAGCGAUAAGACCGCGCGCUACAAGAUGAAGACACCUAUGCAUCUGUUUGUGUCUUUGUGUCAGCGCCAUGGGAUCGCCGUGCUCCUCGUGCUCCUCCUGUGCGCGAGCUUGUUCCUCGUGUACAACGGCAGCUUCAACGGCGCUUCCAGGGACGCCAACGACACGCACGUCCGACAGCACGAACAGCUGCGGCGGCCCACUGAAGCCUCCGUCAGGGUGGCCAAGCCUCAACCCCCGGUCCUCCAGGGAUACAGUGGCAUCAUCGACCAUAAGCCUCCCAGGAUGCACUGCCAGACCUGCGCCCUGGUGACCAGCUCAGGUCACCUCAUCGGAGGCGGUCGGGGCGAAGACAUCGACCGGGCCGAGUGCGUCAUCCGCAUGAACGACGCCCCCACCGCCAGGGGUUACGCCGCGGACGUCGGCCGCCGUACCUCCCUGCGCGUCGUCGCUCACUCCAGCAUGCAGAGGGUGUUGCGGAAUCGCCACGAGCUGCUCAACGCCAGCCAGGACACGGUGUUCAUCUUCUGGGGCCCCGGCAGCUACAUGAGGCGCGACGGGAAGGGCCUCGUGUACAACAACCUGAGGCUGAUGAACCAGGUGCUGCCCAAACUCAAAAUCUACAUCAUCUCCUGGCAGAAGAUGCUGCAGUUUGACGAGCUCUUCAAAAAGGAGACGGGCAAGGACAGAAGGAUUUCAAACUCGUGGCUGAGCACCGGCUGGUUCACGAUGACCAUCGCCCUGGAGCUGUGCGAUCGGAUCGAUGUCUACGGCAUGGUUGCCCCCGACUUCUGCAGGGAGCCUCAGCACCACUCUGUCCCUUACCACUACUACGAGCCACGCGGCCCGGAUGAAUGCGCCAUGUACAUCUCUCAUGAGCGGGGCCGGCGGGGCAGCCACCACCGCUUCAUCACGGAGAAGCGAGUCUUCGCCAACUGGGCACGGACGUUUGACAUCCACUUCCACCAGCCGGACUGGAGUCCCCCGCCUCUCCCGGACAACCGGACGCUGGAGGGGACGAUCGCGGCGACGAUCGCGGCGACGCCCCCGGUGCCCCAAAAGACGUGACCGGCGUUGGGCUGACGGAAAAAAAAGACUUUCGGGAUUCAUCCAAGAAAGACUGAGGAUCGGGAACAUUUGUACAGAGGGUCACUGGACCCCGACCAGAGAGGAGGAAACAUGAAGUAGGCAAGAAAAAUAGUUACCAGAUGAAGACAGAGUGUCGUUCAUCCUCCUGUUCUGGACAUUUCUCCAGCUCCGCGACUGCAUCUGCAGCAGUGGGUUCUGUUAGCUGAGGGGACCCAGUUCAAAGUUGUACAUCCCUUAUUUAAGAACGUUUAUAUCAGGAGGCAACGUCAUAGCGCUCCACUCUCCCUGCAUGCAGCGUCUCUCCGUGGGUCCUCUGUGUGUGUGAGUGCUGUAUGUUUACCUGACACAGGGCCCUCCACAAAGCCUCUGAAUGAAGGCGCCACGCCGGGUUCACUGAGAGGAAAGUACCUUUCCCCACGUGAGCAUUGGAAGCUCUCCAAAGUCAAACCGCUGGCUGACUGAGGGACACGCGUGUAACAUUCAUUUGGAGGUCUGGCAUCGGGCGCGUGCUCCUCCUGCUCGGCCCCGUCUGUCAUCGGGCUUUGUCGCCUCCCGUCAAACACUUAUUGAGCGAUGUGUUCAUCUGCGGGCCGGACUCCCACGUCACACAAGACAAGUGAGAGAUUACAAUCGAGAGGCGGGAGGCAGCAGCAGCCAUAUCCAUCCGACCGCACGCCGAUCGUCUGCUGCCCGGCGCUCUGGCGGGAGCAGCACGCGGCUUCUUGUCCAGCCGAGGCGGAUGUGAUCCGUCGGUCGACACUCUCGCUCUCCGUGUGUUUUAUGUGCGCUCGCCUCUCAUUUGAUGGAGUGUAUGCUGCUUGUGGACUGCCCCUUCCUCUCUUUGUGAUCCUUUAUCCCCCCCCCCCUCCUCCCUUCUCCCCAUGAAUAAAGAUCCAGGUCAGUCUGGAGAAAGACGUGCGGUUAUCCUCAUGAUUUACGCUGGCGAUAAGUCCCGAUUGAUUUUGCCCUCAUCUCUGUAAUGUGAGGAGGGUUUCUGUGGGUCGGAGACGGAGGUUCUCACGCCACGAGAGCGCGUGUCGUGUCACGUUUACUUCUCGCAUGCAUCACAAACCGAUGCACGAGUAUCGUACUGAGAAUCCCGCGGCCAACUGCUGGAGCUGAGACCAAGGUACGCAUUUGUUUUGUCGUGACUGCAUUGGUAAAAGGGAUAAGCACUUGGAUAUUAAUUUUUUUUUUUGCUUAAUUGACUGUCGUUCUGCAUCUACUGGCUAUUUUUAUCAAUGGUUUAGUCUGUAAAAUGUAAUAAAUAGUAAAGAAAAUCACACGGUGAUAUUUUUACAAAGAUAUUUGAUCGGCGGUGAUGUCAAACAUUGCUGCCGUUGAUCCCUUUUAUUUUCACACAUGGAUGGAAAUGUGUCAUUCCACUCAAUAAAAUACAUUUUAUCAGCA